AUGGUGUUUGGGGAACACAGUGGAAGCUUUGCCAAGACUUUUUGUGAUUUAUUUGAGAAAGCUAGAGCCCUUCGUGCAAUUUAUUUAUUUGGAGCAUCGUCAUAUGCUAUGAAGGACAUGUUGAACAAGCUUCCAAAGCAUAUUCAUCUUCGUUACCUAAGGAUCAAAUCUGAUGGCACUGAAGAUGACACAAAAGACAUAGACUUUAAUCUUAGUGCUCUGACUAGACUUUAUCAUUUAGAGGUCAUAGAUAUGCAGGAAUUCAAAGGUCACUAUGGUUUCACUUUCACUUUCACAAGACAUAUGAGCAACCUUGCAAAGUUGCGCCACUUUUUGGUGCCACAGGAUAAGCUUCAACUUCACUCUAACAUAGUUGAGGUGGGAAAACUAAAAUUAUUGCAAGAGUUAAGGUGGUUUGAAGUUGGAAGAGAGACUAAGGGUUUUGAACUAAGUCAGCUUGGUCAAUUGUCAGAACUUGGAGGUUCACUUUCCAUUAGUAGUCUUGAAAGGAUACGGGCAAUGGAGGAUGUGCAUAAGGCAAGAUUGAAACAAAUAAAACAUUUGCACAAGCUAACACUAGAAUGGGAUGCCAAUCGACCUAAGAAAGAUACCAUACAUGAAGAAAAUGUAUUGGAGAUUCUUAUACCACCUAGUGCUCUUAAAGACCUUUGCAUUAGAGGCCAUGGAGGAGAGUUCUCUCUAGUUAAUGAGCAGCGUGAAGAAAUUUUGAAUAAUAAUAUCUGCCAUGAUAAGUUUCAAAAUUUGAAGAGUCUGGAACUAGUUAUGCUACCAAGUUUAAGAAGCUGGAUUGUCAAGGCACCUUGUCAUUUGUUUGCUCAAUUGGAGGUGCUUGUCAUUAGGGAUUGCCGUGAACUAACGGAAUUGUCAUUUUCACAUUAUGCUUGCUGUCAGCAACAGAAAGAGGCAAAGAUAAAUUGGUUUCCUAGACUACGGGAGCUCAAAAUUAAAAAAUGUCCAAAAUUGUUGUCUUUUCCUCCUGUUCCUUGGACUAGGGCUCCGUGCUCAGCUGAGAUAGAAGGAGUUGGUUCAGGCCUUGAGGAACUUGUUUGUAAAGAGAAUUACAAAUCUGAAUAUCGCUUGAAAAUUAAGAUGAAGGGUGCUCUGGUUAGUGAGUUAUGGAAUAUGUUGGCCUUUGAUAAUCUAAAUGAAGUAAAAGACUUGAAGAUGGACACAUGCCCUCCUCUCCCACUGCAUCACUUCCAAAUGCUAUCAUCCCUAAAGAGCCUCAGGUUAUACGGAGCUUCAAGUAUUGUCUUUCCGUUGGUAGAAGGUGAGAGGCAUGCCGAAUAUCAAUCUCCAGUUGAACGCAUAGCCAUUGAUGGGUGGGAUGCUAGUGCGAAAGAAUUGACACAGCUACUGACUUAUUUCCCCAAGCUCUCUGAACUGAACAUGCAGUCAUGUAAGAAGAUUACUGGGCUAGCUGUAGUGGAGAAGCAGGCAACAGAAACACCUGCGCUGGUAUCUUCAGAUAAUAAAGUAGACGACGAUGUAGAAAUCGAGCAGCAGGAAGACACAAGAGGAGAGGAGGAAAUAGACGCAUCAUCAGCAGAAGGGCUGCUGCUCUUGCCUUCCCAACUACAGAUGUUGUCCAUAUCCCGCUGCCCAGAGCUGAGCCUCUGCUCAUGCUCCGGUCCAGCCGACUACAAGUACAACAAAGAAGCAGGACGAACUAGUACAGGAAGAGGGCUCCAAGCCAUCCGGUGGCUGCCCAAGGAUGGCCUCCCAAUUUCACUGCAAAAGUUGGAGAUAGUCAACUGUCUAGCCAUCCGGUCUCUGCCCAAGGACUGCCUCCCAAGUUCACUACAAGAGUUGGAUAUAAGCUAUUGUCCAGCCAUCCAGUCUCUCCCCAAGGACUGCCUCCCAAGUUCACUGCAAAAAUUAGUGAUCAAAGAAUGCCCAGCCAUUCGAUCGCUGCCCAAGGCGAAUGACCUACCAAGUCCACUCCGAGAAUUGGAUGUCCGGGAUAGCGAAAACGAGGAGCUAAGAAGGCAGUGCCGCAAGUUGAUUGGAAUCAUUCCAGUUGUCUACGCCUGA